CAGCCGGUCCGGGAGUCAGUAUCACCUACAACACUCACACAGUGUAGCAUGCUGCAGUCCCCGUCCGACAGUCGGGCCUUGAUUUCUUCUAGUUGGACUGGAUAAGGCGUGGUUUUUGCCAGGAAGCGUCUCUCUCCCCAUGCAGUGAUGUAGCAGUGUCCAUAUUCCGACAAGCAUUCCAACCCUGCAUGUGCUAGUACAGUAGCUGACGAACACUGAGUACACGGAAUUCAUUUAAUCACGUCAGUUCACUCUCGAAACUCUUGUGCCUGGAACGAGUUCAACAGUUUGGACAGGCAGCCCCACCUUCGUCUUGUUCUACAGUCUUCAUAGGCCGCCAGCUGUUUGGCUUUGGGCUUUCAACACCGUACAUGUCGAAUGCUUAAAUCUGGACACUAUGGGUGAUUACCGGCGGGAAUUCGCUGUAAAAAGUGUGAUGAGACUAUUACUGGUAUUUGUAGUUGUGCAAGGAACAGCCUGUGAAAGAAAGGAAAAUCUUUAUCUGUUAGGUCUCUUCCCGACGUACGUGAACCAAUCCAUGGCAAGCAUAGGUCGAGACUGUCUUCAAUCAGCAAGACUCGCCCUGGAACAUGUCAACGCAGAUCCCAAUGUCCUCAGCGAUUUCAACCUGACAAUGAUAGAACUCGACACCUCGAAUAACGAGGGCUGGACGGUAAACGAGCUGCUGCAGGAAUUGUUGAUGAACGUCUCGAAUCGGUCUAGCGAACCCGUGAUGAUCAUUGGCCCCUUGCGCAACGAAAUUACCCAGAUAGUAUCCCUAACAACUAGCUUCUGGCACCUUGUGCAGAUCUCUUAUGGCUCUCAUGAACCUCACUUAGGAGACAGGUCGCAUUAUCCGUUCCUGUACCGCACCAUUAUGUCCAACACGGGCUAUAAUGACCCCCGGGUGCUCAUGAUUAAGCAGUGGGGAUGGAAGCGUGUAGCUACGCUGGGACGAACUGAAUCCACCAUGGCAAUGGAGGAUAUGCACACUAAGCUUAUAAACAAUAGCAUCGAAAUUAUAGCCAAGGAGAAUUUUGACGACGAUUUAGUACAGCCCUUCAAGUUCUUUAAGGAAAAAGAUGUUCGGAUUAUCGUGGGAAACUUCUAUGAAUUUCAAGCGAGGAAAGUAUUUUGUGAGGCCUACAAAUCUGGUUUGUAUGGAUCCAAGUACGCCUGGAUGAUCUUCGGUCACUACGAGCCAAAAUGGUGGUUGGAUGGGGAUCUCUACGGCUGUACACAGGAGGAGAUGACCGCUGCCGUUGAGGGCGCUAUCUCAGUUGGGUUCCAGACGCUGAGUACCGAAGAAGUGGAAACCAUUGGCAGAAUUACUCCCUCCGAGUACCGAGACAUUAUGCUGGCAAAGACAGGCACAGAUUACAGAGUGGAGAUUAAACCCACCCCGUACGCAUAUGAUGCCGUCUGGGCAGCCGCGUUGGCCCUCAAUGCCACCAUUCCAGUCAUUCAGCCUAAGACGCUAGACCAGUUCUUCUAUAGCGACACCAAAAUGACACGCUCCUUUUGUAAGAGUCUGGACGAGCUCAGUUUCAUGGGCGUUUCAGGUCUGGUUUCCUUCGACUCGAACGGAGACAGGCGAGGCGAGUUUCGAAUCAGGAGAAUUAUCAAUGGAAGUGACUACGACAUCGGGCAUUACAACCGAGCCACAGACACCAUCGAGUGGUUUUACACGGUUGAAGAGAUAUUCUUUACCAGUGAUGGCAAACCACCAGCAGACAGUGACAUCACUGUCACCGUGUAUCGUAAGGACUCUGUGUCUUACGAGCUCUUCGUCAGCAUGACAGCUUUUGCGUCCGUUGGUAUCGCUAUGGCUUGUGGCUUCUUGGCCUUCAACAUAUUUUACAGGAAUGAAAGGCUGAUCAAGAUGUCUAGUCCCAACCUCAAUGAUCUCAUCAUUGUUGGGUGCAUCAUGACCUACAUGACUGCGAUCUUGUUGGGAGUAGACGCCAGACUACUUACUGACUGGCAGCUGCGGAUUAUGUGCCGGUUUCGGGCAUGGUUGUUUGCCAUCAGUUUUACCUUGUCGUUCGGAGCUAUGUUUUCAAAGACCUGGCGUGUGUACAGUAUUUUCACCAACAAGAAAUUACAAAAGCGGGUUAUCAAAGAUUAUCGUCUUUUUGCAAUGGUUGGUGUACUCCUGCUGAUUGACAUCGCAAUUCUGGUAUUGUGGCAGAUCUUAGACAAUAUCACAAUCACAAUCAAAGUCCUCAGCGAAAAGGACCACGAAGACAUACCAAACAUGAAGGUUGUUAUACAGCAGCACAACUGCUCGGGAGACCUGUCCACCUACUUCAUAUGGGCCGUGUACAUAUACAAAGGACUCCUCCUUGUCUUCGGCACAUUCAUCGUUUGGCAAACAAGAAAUGUGAACAUACCAGCUCUGAACGACAGCAAAUAUAUCGGGCUGUCCAUAUACAACGUGGUUAUAUUCAGCGCGCUGGGGGUGUCGCUGUCUUACCUUCUUGCUGACAACAGUGGGUACACCUACGCCAUAGUUGGUGGGCUGGUCAUCUUUUGUACGACGCUCACAUUGUGCCUCCUAUUUCUUCCGAAGGUUUUGAGAAUCAUCUAUGGUUACGCGCCGGAGGAAGUGGGCACCCGCGUGAUGUCCAACAUAAAUGGCCGACAAGGGACACGAAACGGGCCUUGCGAGGAAAGGACGCGUAGCGUAGUGCUCGGUGGGGAGUACAGUACCGUAGUGCAGGAAGAGCGGGAACGACCCAGCGAGGCCAGAAUAUAAUGGAUCUGAACAAGUCGAAGCCUUGCCUCAAUGUAAAUAGUCUACUACUAGCCGGCGUGUAAAAAGUAAGGGCUAAGCUGCUUUCCAUUUGGCCUUGAAAACCAACACCCACAAACUUCGCAGAUUUUGGUGUCUUGAUAGUAAACUGCAACAUUGUAUAUCUUUAACAAAAGAAUUAAAAGGUUACAACAUCUGGUGAUUUCCAUUCUAGAUUAAAAAUGUGCUUUGGUAUUAUUGACACAAGGUACGAUUAUAUCAAUCGAAUUCCCCGUGAUCCCCUACAGAGGUCCCAUUUUAAGAUUGAUCAGUGAUUUGCAAAUUCAACGACUACGUGACCGGGAGCGGACUUCGUGGUUUUCAUUUUCUAAGCUUGCAGCUGAAAUGCCGCCCACUUUUUCCUAAGGUUACUACCUUACUAUGUAAAAUGCUGUAUAUAGGCCUUGAGUAGAUGGCACUGAGCUCAGCCGGAACGCCUUGGAAUUUGCAGCGCCUUCUGAAAUCGUCAUUCUCGGAGAGAAUGUCCCCAGUGCAGAAGGGCGUGCACGUGCAGCCCUCAUAAGGAGAGAAUCCAAUUUCGAGCAUACGUACUCUUUACAUCACAAGGACACUAAUUGAUCUCAUGUGCCGUGUUGAGGCCAAAUAUGUGAUCUAGGGUCACAGAAUAACCAGCACAAAAACUCCAACUGGAUAAUUUGCAGAUGAGGCAUCUAUUUUUAACUCUGCCCUGUGUAACCCGUGCUCUCUUAGGGUAGGGAUCUGUUGUCAAAAUAAUGAUAGAGAGUCAUCAGUGGAUUGAGUUACACACACAAUUGAUUUAUUUUGAAUAAUUAUUUACAUCGUCUAAAUUCACAAUAAUAGACUUCCGUUGUAGAUUAUUGGCACAUAUGGAAAACUGGUGCCCUGCGUGCCAAUCAACUUCUAUUACUAUUGAUACUGGAUAUUACUGUAAGGAAUAUUCAUUAUGGAAACAAUAAUCACAGCAUAUAGGUCUUCCGUAUCUGAGCGGUUCACUCAGUAAUGACUGAUCGGUAAUUCAUGCCCGAGUUAUACACUGAGGAAUAGUCCAUGAGUGGUUGUUCCCAGCUCCAGAAUUAUGGAUAAUAUCGAUAAUAAUCGAUAAUUAUCUACCUGCUCCGGAAUUAUCGAUAAUGACCGCCGAGCUGCUCCUUUUGUAUUUUAUAUAAGGGGUUCUGAACAAUUCAUACAUGAAGAAAAGUCGAUGGAAGAAAACUGAUUGAGGUUUUGUGUACACUUGGUCUCGUUAAUCAAUAUCCGGGAAGGUUGGGAGCGAGUUGGUGAAAGGCUGCUCUUGGCUGAACUAAAGGGGACUUGGUCAACAAAGUGGCACUGUAAAAAUAGUAAUAGUGCGAUAAAAAUACGGACCAAUUUUGCGGGUUUUUCAAAAACUGUCUACGUUUGUGCAGUUGGUGGCGCCACGCAGAAAUAAUUUUUUAAUUGCGCAGGACUAUGGAAACGAAAAAUGUCACGACCUCUUAGGACCUGGUUUCGUGGGUAUGUUUUCGUACAAAGGACUUGCACGCCUGAGCUGCACGGCCUAGCCUGACAAUUUUUUUCGGAAUAAAAUAACAACCUAAAAAAUUCAAAACAUCUGUCCUUCACUCUGAACCUCAAGCCGCAUUUAUCAAACAAUCAAACGGUCUCCUUCACCGCCUGGUUCACCAGCGGUGGCCCCAUUGUCAACCUGAUCCCGUUGCGUACUUGCACCAGCUGGAGAACCGUUUCCACAGCGCUACGUGGACAAAAUUUCAGAGCAGAUACCAUUGGCCUAUAUACGUGAACUGGUGGCACAGCGAAAUACAAGUGCAACAAUAAAAUUGGACAGGCUUAUCGGGUAUAACGUUGUCUUUGAAUAAUUUUCGGCUGCCGGCACACUCAGUCUUCCCCCUUAGUUGAUAAACCUUAGUGGCUGACAUUCACACUGGACCCUGCAUGACUCAAUAUGCAACGACGAAAGUACCAACACUGAUACGAGACCACGGACUUUGUUCGGCACGCAGCGGUGAUUAUGCUGUCAGGGAGCUGUGCGAGCAAAAAGAGCCCAAUGUUCUGCAGCUGUACAGCGAAUCGUUUGGAUUGUACAUAGGAAAUUUUGCACCAAAUGAGACAGCCAUUGACUUGGCUUAUCCAACGAAGGAGGAAAAAUCCCAAAGUACAUGCAUGUAACUUGAAACGCCCAACUCAUUGCCAUUUGUAUUGAACCACAUCACAUCUACCUUAACCAUUGUUGACGAAGUACAUGACAUUUGAUGAACAGCUCAGUGUGGGUAAAAUUCUGUCCGCAAAUUUACCCCAAACGACAAAUAGCUCUUCCUGAACGCUAGACAUUCAGGUUAGGUGGCCGUUUUCAAUGCGUGUAUUUCCUUUGAAACAAAUAUUCUAGGCAGGCAGAAAGUUAACUCACGGGAGUUCGAUCGGGUGAUGCGUAGCAGUUAGUAGAACGAUCAAAUCACGUGAUUUCUGAGACAUUCUUAACACAAGGUCCCACGUUGGAGGGUUUUAAAAGCUCUGGUUAGGCUUGCAUAAACGCGCACACAUCACAAGCUCAUAAUUUCAAAGAAAUUAAGGCACCUACUACCUUACUACCGAUACCAUACAAUAAUUUUUGUGUCGCGGUUUAAUAAAUUACUGCGAAUUAUACGUCCAAGAAACAAGUUGGAGAGAAAACUGAUAAACUUCUUAAAUUCAAAUCUGAUUUUGCAAAACAUAUCCUUCUUUCUCACUAACAACGAAACGUAUGUACUUAAUGACUCAGAGAAGAAAGUACUAUGUAAAAAUUAAUAAGAAAAGAUAUAUGUCUGUAGUAUACAUAUGUAAAUUACGAAGUAUGUGCAUGUAUUGUGUAUUAAUAGCUCUUUAUUACCAAUGACAAAGCAUCCACUCUCUCUUGCCUGUAACAUUUUGGUCUGAUUUGAAGGACUGUAUGUUCUCAUUUCUUUUGUUAUUUGCCAUACAUAAUGAGUAGAGCGACUGAUCAGCUUGACCACAUGAGCAGUACUAACAAUGUGAUUGGAUCAUUUUCCCUGAAGUUAAUGGCGACGACUUGAAGGACGUUUGAAUUGACUGAUAAUUUCUUGAAUUCCUAUGUUUUUUUAUGGCAGUAACGAUAAAAUACUUUUUUUUUCUUACUCCCAACAAAUCAAUACAUGUUCGAUGGCUUGUCACUCCGACACCGGGCGGCUUCGUUUUAAGUUGUUGCGAUGGUGGUGUAUACAGCGUAAGCUGAAAAUAGCAGAAUAUGCCACUGUGAUUUGCGAGUUUCACUCGAUGUGUCUGUCACUGUAAUGAGUUGCUCUCUGUUGCCAUUUACCAGGCGAAUUGACCGAAAGUCACGACCCACCUCACUACAGACGAUGAAUGAAUUGCCUCCCCGUGGAAAUAACGUUGCAUCUGAGAUGGACUGACACGCGAAGAAUUGACUUUUCACUCACAGACCAUGGACAGACAUGAACGACAAAAGCCCCACUCGACUCUGCGAAAGAACAGAAUCAACAUGUACAUGUAUAAUUUAAACCCCUUUAAGAACGUGGGAUGAAAUGAAAAUUGGUAAUUGGUAAUUUGAGUACUAUAGAUCGGCUUAAUAGGACGGUUUUAUCAUAAGUAAUUAUGUUUUGUGUUAGAUAAUGUUGGUUUAAUUUGACGCAUCUCGAUUUUAUGCUCAAGUCUAGCCUAUUUCUCACGCAUCCCAGACGGUGGGCCUGCUUAUUAAACAGCCUGCAAAAAUAAGACGACUGACUUGAACGAACCAUACUAUAAUACAGGACACAGGAAUUACACAACUCUGACACUUCAAGUGCUCAAUGAUCAUCGCCAUCCAGUCCGACGUAUAAUAAUAAAAUUCCAGAUUACUGCCUGCAGGAAUAACCGUACGAAUGGGGAAAGUAAUAUCCUCGCGAUGCCUGUGGUGUUUUUCAUGCAAUUAAGUACAGCUUAUAGCUGUGACCAGGAAAAAGAGACAGCAAAAUCCCUAACGUUUGACCUACUUUUGCCAUCGAGAACAAACAUUGUUUUUUGAUAAACUGGCUGCAGAGGCUGCACAUGCUUGAAAAAAUUCGCUAGCGAAGUCUGGCUUAAUACGUACCCUGCCUCCCUGGCGGCCGAUUCACGUCUUUUUGUUCAUUUUGUUAUAAGCAGAUUGAGGUACACAUAGUGCAAACGCAAAAAGACCUUUUUAAAUUGCCAAACGCAGGACUCUAACUGCAACGGUCUUUCCUGCUAUACUGUACAAUGACAGCUCUCCAAGGACAUUUUUUAUCUUAUCAUGCAUCAAGAAAUAACAAUCGGAUUGUCAUUGAAUUGGGUAAAUCGACAGAUGUACGGUCGGUCGGUCUACUUGAAGUGACAACGGACAGACCUCGCAACAUGUGCUCAUUAGGCCUACUGCAUCCAAUUACUGUCACAAGCAGGAUUUUUUUUCACAAGUGUCCUCUUUACACCGAUGGCAAAAUGUCUUUUUCCCUAUGAAUAUUGAAACUCCAUUCUUUGUUGCAGUAAUUUCCACCUUGAGAUCUUAAUUGCUCUGCUUACAUUCUUUUCUUGAAUCCUCGUGUUUCAUUUCUGUCCAAGAAUCACUUCUAGAAAGUUGAUUAAUUUGGUCAGGUAUUACCAUACGUUUGAAACCAAAAUAAGAGAAAAAAUGUAGAUUGCGAUGGGAAAGCUGAGUAUUAUUGGGGUGGAAAGUUGGUAAUUUGGUCGGAAAGUGGGUAAUUGAACGCGAAUAAGUCAUCGAAAUGACGAAGUUUUAGUGGGGUGAAAACGAAUUAGAAAACUGAAAGUUUGGAGAGGUUACUAUAUACAGGGUGUCCACAUAAAGAGCAUACCGAGAUAAAAAAAGACUGUAAUGGCAAAAGUACUUUAUAUGGAGAAGAGAAAUAUAUCUCUAGAAAGGGCAAAUGUCCUCUUUGCAAUGGUAUACAGCUUGUGAUGUUAUUGACAUCCAGAAAGUACAUCACACAAUGCAGGUAGGAUGACCAUUCAUGUGUUACAAUGGUAAAAGCAUUUGGCCUUGACCCCACGUGUUGACUUUUGCUAUUCAAAAUAUGCAACUUGUCACAGUGCCGAUUUCAGUACCCUUAACAUCGGUCUAGUUUGUUGUCUCAUCUGUGUCAAGAACAUC